AUGGCCCAGCAGAGAGCCCUGCCGCAGAGCAAGGAGACGCUGCUGCAGUCUUACAACAAGCGGCUUAAGGACGAUGUCAAGUCCAUCAUGGACAACUUCACCGAGAUCAUCAAGACCGCCAAGAUUGAGGACGAGACGCAGGUGUCAAGGGCCACUCAGGGCGAGCAGGACAACUACGAAAUGCACGUGAGAGCCGCCAACAUCGUCCGAGCUGGCGAGUCCCUGAUGAAGCUGGUGUCUGACCUCAAGCAGUUCCUCAUCCUCAACGACUUCCCGUCGGUGAAUGAGGCCAUCGACCAGCGCCGCCAGCAGCUGCGUGCCCUGCAGGAGGAGUGUGACCGGAAGCUCGUCGCGCUGCGGGACGAGGUCUCCAUCGACCUGUACGAGCUGGAGGAGGAGUAUUACUCGUCCAGCUCAAGUCUAUGUGAAGCUAAUGAUCUGCCUCUGUGCGAAGCUUACUGGAGGCUGGACCCGGACACAGACUCCGCUGACUGCCUCUCAGCCCCUCUGCUCGCAUCCCCGGAGCCCAGUGCUGGCGGCCCCCUGCAGGCUGCAGCCCCUGCCCACUCCCACACUAGUGGCCCAGGCCCCACGGAGCACACCUGA